GGGCUUCGGUGCAUUUAGCUCUGCUGCAACUGGGUGGGAGGUAGACCGGCAUAAUCGACUGUAUCCACUACAGUUGGUCAAACAUCUUAAAUUCGCUGUGUUUUGGACUAUAGUUUGGAAUAUGACAAAUAUGCUGGACACGAGGAUUUAUGCUUCUCUAUUUUGCUCACUUUUCAUUCUUAUUGGAAAAAUUUCAGGUACCACGUUUCCCGAAGCACAAGACGUUAAGUGGCAUUCAUUUGAUUUUAAGACGCUGCUUAUGUGGGGUCCGAAACCAACAAACUACUCUUACACUGUUGAAUUCUCUGUCGUGGGUGAAAAUCGAAAGAGGAAUCCACACUGUAUUAAAACCAUGAACACGGAGUGUGAUUUGACCAGCAUGUUGACAGAACUUAAGAAGACAUAUUCUGCAGUCGUUCAGUCGGAGCCCUUGCCAGGGAAGACCUCGGACCUGGUGGAGUUCCCCUACGCCAAGUCCGAACACUUCUGCCCAUACAAAGACACUGAAAUCGGAAAGCCUACUUUCAGUAUAGAAGUGAGCAAGGAUAAAUGCAAAAUUACCCUUCACAUAAAGGAUCCCAUUUCUGCCAUUUAUAAGGAUGGUAGAUUUUUGAACAUGCGGGACAUCUUUAUGAACGAUCUCAAGUACAGAGUCUCGUAUUCGAAAGCUCAAAGCUCUGGGAAGAGAACAAAGGAUACAGACAGCAAUCAGAUUGAGCUGGAAGUGGACAAAGGCGAGAGCUACUGCUUCAAUGUACAGACGUACAUCCCCUCCCGUGUCCAAGCGAAACAGCUGGGGGAGCAGAGCUCAACGCAGUGCUCGCCGGCCGAGGACAGGCCCAUUUAUAUAGAGUACAGCAUCGGUGUUAUUGUGGGCCUCAUCUUCCUCGUCAUCGUCAUAAUCGCCGCCAUUGUCGGGAUCGCGGUGUUCUGCAAGCGGAGGAGCAGCAGCAGGAAUCACGGAAAAGACGACGGCCUUUGAACUGCUCGUGGGAGACGUAAGGACCAGAAAGGAGAAUAUGGUACGACUGAACCUGACUAGCCCUUUCAAAGGGAGGAGGAAGCAUUUUUAUAUGACGUUCCUUUGUCAAACACUGGAAUUCUUUGCAGUUUCUGUGAAACACUAUGCACUCGAUAUGUUACACAUAUACUUUGCAAUUCCUGCAUUAUUGGUGAAAUAGUAUUUAUCAUGGAAUUAAUGGUGAUUGGUACUUAUAUGGGAAGCUAAGCGAACUGCUGUGAUUUUCAUUUUUACAAACGCUACUUUUGUGCUUAUUUAUUUACUUUGUUGAGAAGGCUUUAGCUGUAAGUCAAUCAUUGGGAAACACUAAAUGAUUUUUGCUAAAGGAGUCUUUGAAAUAGAAUUAUAAGGUAAAUUGAUACUGUUUUUAUAAAUGUUUUAUUGAGUUACUAUAAUUUAUUUUUUCAUGUUUAACAAGGAACUGUUUGUAUAUUAUGUUAUAUCCUUUAGUAUGUAUUUAUGGUUUAAAGGUUUAUGGGAUCAGAUUUUAUUUUGUUAUAAACAGCUGGCUAUAAUACUUAUUAAUAUAACAUGCAAUAAUGAAAGUGUACAUGGUGAUAUUAAUGUAAUAAUGUGGACUCAAAUUAACUGCUCGACUGGGAGUAUAUUAAAUUGACUAUUUCUGAUGUCCCACACGUACAUUGGAUGAUUGUCAUUUGUUGCACUGGAGUGUGUACAGUGUGGUGUAUGGUACUUUUUUAACAAAUAAAUUUUAGUUUACAUAUUA